AUGGCAGAAAAGGGCCCUCAGCUCACGCCGGUCGGGGAGCAAUCCCUGCCGGCAAAAUGUAAAGCCAGCACCCUGGCGUACUGUCCCUCGAUGGACCUCAUCGCCCUGGCGACCGACGACGAGGAGCUGCGAGUAUUCCGCUUGAAUGGACAGCACGUCUUCGGUGGUUCGUUUGGAGGCGACCCCUACCUUGGCGAUGAUGAGGAAGACGGGGAGGUGAGAGCAUUAGCGUGGAAGGGUAACGGCCGUCUUCUCGCUGUCGCCUGUGGAGAUGGAUCUCUGCGCAUCCUCAGUGCUUACAGCGGAAAGACAGUUCAUCAUUACCUGGCACAUCAUAAACCAAGCGAGGAGUUCUCCUCCCCUGGCCAGCAGCCAGCUCCAAAGGUGACAUGUCUAGGCUGGGGUAUGAACUUCACCGAUAGUAAAGCUGCCCAGAAGCAUUUUCAAGACUCCACUGGCCAGGUCUCCGUGGAUGACCUAUUAACUCCAGGAAUUCAUCCGUCCAAAGCUGCAGCUCUGCUGAAAGCUGACCUACCUCGGGAGUUGGCAUUGCUUGACAUCGAAAGCUCAUUGCCCAAGUUGAGCACCUUGCCUGCAACGGGGGCGGAAGAUGAUCUCUUCAGCUCACGCGCCUCCAUCGAUGCUAUAUUCCACUCUUACGCGAAAGAUGCCAGCGACUCGGUGGACGUCCUCUUCAUUGGCUUCGAUGAUGGGAGUGUUCAUCUGCGCAUCUUCGACUGUUUCGAGAUCGGCUCAUUUCCCGUGGGCACCUCGACACCACAAAUGAAAUCGUGUCAUAUUCUUCGCCAUGCCUGUCACCCUUUGAGUUCAACCCAUGCUCUGGUAGUAUCGACCACUACAGGGGACUCUUCAUCACCGCUAAGCAUUGUCACCCUUGACUUGCGCUUCAUCACGAAGUCUGGGCGAUAUCUUUCACUCCUUGCGUCAAAAACGACCCAGCUUCAGAAUUUGCUUCGGUACAUUGGACAAGUUCAGCGUCAGAUUGAAAUGGAGUGGAAGAAUGCUCAAGAAUUACCCGCGCGUUUCUUGCGAAGUGUGAACCAAGAUCUUCAGGAUCAAUGUCAAUGUGAUUUCGUGACAGCUAUCUACCACCUGGUUGUUACUGGACAUUGCUUUGAGCCGAUGAAGGAGUUUUUGGUGGAUAUUGUUGGAGACAGAGGCCACAAGCGAUGGGAUAAAGCUGUUGCCGGAGGCUACGAGAAUAUCCGCCGGUUGACACAUGAAUGCCUCCUUCCAGCAUUGGAGCGAAGUCAGGUCCUCCUUAGCCGGCUGGUAGGACUGUCAAAGUUCCACAAACUCAGCGAUGUGCUCGGAUUGGACACACAGAAGUUGAAAGGCAUUGUCGAGACCUUAGAUUGUCUUCACCUUCUCGCCCAUCGCAUCCUUAACCACGCCAACGAAGAGCUAGUUCAAUUUUCCGCAUUCUCGAGGUGGCUUCGCCAUGAGAUUGAAAUCCUAAACAGUGAACCCCUGUCGCAAACAUUGGAAGAAAAUCUCGAAAAGCGAGAGCUGUUCGAAGUCCCGCCCACGGUGAACUACAUCACGGGUGCGCUGCAGAAAAGCGCCCUGCGAAACUUCAUCCGCCAAUUACCUAUGAUUGGCGUACCGAUGAUGCCAACUCCAUUAACAGAUAAAUGGCUUCCAGAUGGGCACGAUAGCUCAUUCUACGAUGAGUUCAAAUUACUCCUCCAGCAGCAGCGUAAAGCACAAAACGAAGGAGGUGAUGGGACAAGUGUUGAUACCCCUAAACUGAAUGAUUUGACAAAGCGACUUGGUAUCCAGUUUGAGAAGGUCUUUGCGGAAAUUGCAUUGACGCAGCGGAGAGGGAUUUCUGCAUCGAUUCGCUACGAAGAUUCCGAGGAGAAACGCCCUUGUUCUAUCUACACUGCUAGCCGAUCGGGCAGUUCCAAAGAGUCAUUCUACAUCUACCGCACAAUUCUCGACUCCGUCAAUGGUGUUAGUUCCACUCGCAGCACAUCUGUCACAGCCAUUUCGCUCCAACAGGGCGAAAUCCGACAACUGCAGUUUGUCGAUGAUGAUACAAUCAUAGCACUGUGGUCUAGUGAAGAGCGUUGCUACCUACUCAGCUUUUCCUUCCAAGCUAAAUAUGGAAAGGCGGACUCCCCCGCUCUAGGACUCGAUUAUGUCGAGUGUGAAACCUCCCCCACCACUUCCAAGCCUCCCGUUCCCGUCGCUCAAUUCGAGCUGUCUUCUCUGAUAGAGACAGGCGCUAUCAAACAUGUUUUUGCGCCGUCUGGUUCCAAGGCAAGGCCAGUAAGGCUGGAUGUUAAUGGGCGACAAGGCCGGCGCGCAGUUUGUAUACUUUAUGGAGAUGGGAUGCGAUACGAUGUGUUGGAUUUGGAUGUUGAGGUGGAGGAGUGGGAGGAGGAGCAAGAAGGGGGAGAGGAAGCUACUGAGAGCUGA